UCAGGGCCCCCCCCCCAGCUAUGGACGAGCGGCUGCUGGGGCCGCCCCCUCCAGGCGGAGGCCGGGGGGGCCUGGGAUUGGUGGGUGGGGAGCCCGGGGGUCCUGGCGAACCUCCCGGUGGCGGAGACCCCGGUGGGGGUACGGGGGGGGUCCCGGGAGGCCGAGGGAAGCAAGACAUCGGGGACAUACUGCAGCAGAUAAUGACCAUCACCGACCAGAGCCUGGACGAGGCCCAGGCCAAGAAACACGCCCUAAACUGCCACCGAAUGAAGCCUGCUCUCUUUAGUGUCCUGUGUGAAAUCAAGGAGAAAACGGGCUUGAGCAUUCGAAGCUCCCAAGAAGAGGAACCGGUGGACCCACAACUGAUGCGCUUGGACAACAUGCUUCUGGCAGAGGGUGUGGCUGGGCCUGAGAAGGGUGGGGGCUCAGCAGCUGCAGCAGCAGCGGCUGCAGCCUCUGGGGGCGGCGUGUCCCCUGACAACUCCAUCGAACACUCGGACUAUCGCAGCAAGCUUGCGCAGAUCCGCCACAUCUACCACUCAGAGCUGGAGAAGUAUGAGCAGGCAUGUAACGAGUUCACAACCCAUGUCAUGAACCUGCUGCGGGAGCAGAGUCGCACACGGCCUGUGGCCCCCAAAGAGAUGGAGCGAAUGGUGAGCAUCAUCCAUCGGAAGUUCAGCGCCAUCCAGAUGCAGCUCAAGCAGAGCACCUGCGAGGCAGUUAUGAUCCUGCGUUCCCGCUUCCUGGAUGCCAGACGAAAACGCCGUAACUUUAGCAAACAGGCCACUGAGGUCCUGAAUGAGUAUUUCUACUCCCAUCUGAGUAACCCAUAUCCUAGUGAGGAGGCUAAGGAGGAGCUCGCCAAGAAAUGUGGCAUUACCGUCUCUCAGGUUUCCAAUUGGUUUGGCAACAAGCGGAUUCGGUAUAAGAAAAAUAUUGGAAAGUUCCAAGAGGAAGCCAACAUCUAUGCUGUCAAGACAGCUGUGUCAGUCGCCCAGGGGGGCCACAGCCGCACCAGCUCCCCAACACCCCCUUCUUCUGCAGGCUCUGGCGGCUCUUUCAAUCUCUCAGGAUCCGGAGACAUGUUUCUGGGGAUGCCCGGGCUCAAUGGAGAUUCCUAUUCUGCUUCCCAGGUGGAAUCACUCCGACACUCGAUGGGGCCAGGGGGCUACGGGGAUAACCUAGGAGCGGGCCAGAUGUACAGUCCUCGAGAAAUGAGGGCAAACGGCAGCUGGCAGGAAGCUGUGACCCCAUCCUCGGUGACAUCCCCAACAGAGGGACCAGGGAGUGUUCACUCCGACACCUCCAACUGAUCUCACCCCUCAGGGUCACAGGGGUGGGGGCUCCCAGAAGGCGACUCUUGAAGAGGACCCAGGCAUCCAGAUGACAGACCCCAAACAGGAGAAGCACAAAACAGAGGGGCGAAUGGGUCGUCCCUUCUCCAACCAUAGACUCUCAGUGCUGGGGGUGCUGACUAACAUGGCAGGGAGAAUGGGGUCCUGAAGCCGGGGGGAGGAUGGAGUCUGUCUCCCCCCCCCCAUUUUUUCCUUUUUUUUUGACCUUUUUUUAUUUCCUUUAUUCUCUUACACAGAAAAACGCACACACCUACUUCUCAGAUCUUUUUCUCCCCCACUCAUUUUUUUCUCAUGCGUGCACACACAUGUAUACACACAUAUGCAAAUACAACUAUUGUUUGUCUCUCUGGGCUCCCCCACUUUCCCUUCCCCGCCCCACUUACAUGCUGUGGAAUCUGGAGACGUCAGCCCUACCCAACCCAGAGAUGCCAAAAAUGGGGACUGGACUUCUGGACAGAGAACAUGGGCCACGCCCCCCGUGUAUCCCCUACCCCUUGGCCCCUCCAGACGGCUUUAUUACCUCAUACGCAGCUCAUCUUAAACCAAUAGAAUCGCUCGGUGGACAAGAGUGUCUGACUCAGAUAUCUACCUCGGAGGGAGUUUCUGCUACUUUAGGAAAUUGUUGACUGGGCUUUGGGGUUGAAGUUUUUUUUUGUUCGUUUGUUUUUUAGAAAGGAAAAAAAAAAAAGAACAAACCCUGGGAUCCAUCUGUUUUUUUUUUUUUUUUUAAUUUAGUUUGGGGAAGUAGGGUUUGGUGGGGCUUUUUUGUUGUUUGUCUUUAUAAAUAUAUAAACAUACUGAAUUAUUUUUUUAUUUCUUGCUUUCCCAUUGUAGAGGUGAUAGCCAAAGGGGUUCUGGUAAGAGAAAAAGGAUUAAACAGAACUAGUAGAGAGGCCCGCCUAGCUCUGGGCCUGCCCAUCAGGAAGUGAAUUUUGCAGGACACCAAGCCACCCACUCCUGAAGUCACUAAGAUGUUCUUUGCUUGUAUAGACAAGUUUCUGCUGCAUUUGGUGUGGAAGAGCUUUAUCUGCUGGCCUCCUAUCCCCCCUCUUUCCACAACUCCUAGGCAAAGCUGGAUUCAGUCAUUUUGAAGAAAUCAAAGAUAGAUCCCACCUUCCCUGUAUAAUGUAUCUUUUUUGGUUUUUAACUAUUUACAGAUUGGAGGAGAAUGGGGAGUGGGUUCUUGCCAAAUAUGCUAAGUAUGGGUCAGGUGCUUAUAUAUGUAUCUCCCUCAGUUUCUCCCAGGGGAGGGGGGGAACAGAAUCUUUUAUCCUCACGCCAAAAUCAAGGGAAUGGGGAGAGGAGGGAGGUCACAAAAAGUGUUGACGGUAAAAACAUUCUCCCAUCCUCAGCCCUGAACCCUUCUUUCUGAUCCCCUCAAAGAUCCUCAGGAUUUAAAAGGACUGUCAUAAUGGGGAACCCAUCCCCAUCAAGGGUCCGAGCAGGAUUGGGGGACAGAUUGGGAGUGUGAUGGGGGGGUGGGGGGUGGGGGGGGGAGGCACGGGCCAGGGGCAGGGGGGCAGUUCUCUCCUCACUUGUAAACUUGUAGUUUCACAGAAAAGAAAAUGCAGUUUUAAAUAAAGAAAUUUCUUUUUU